AUGACGAGUAUUCUCGGAUACAUAGGAAUAAAGUUUGACCAAGUCAACGAACAUAUUCAAGAUAUGACAAGUAACGAUAAUCGUAAAAUAAAGCAAGCUUGGGAAAAUUCUAUGUUGCAUCCAUCCCAAUGCAGAUUUCUAAAAAUUUCGAGCAACAAACGGAUAAUUUGGACUAUAAUUUUAAACAAUAUAUUGCAUACAAUUAUAAACCUAUUUUGGCUUUCCCAUAAUAUUUUCAAACUUUUCAUCAUUAAUUACGUGUGCGAAAAAGUUAGCGCCAAGGCUAAUGCAACAAAAAAUUUUGUAAAUAGGAUAUCAUAUUCUACGCGCAAUGUUGAAAUGUGUGAAAAUAUAUCACAAUUAUUGUUACAAUUGACUUACUCGCCGCUACGGUUUUAUGGUCUUGGACUUUUCCAGUAUGGCUUCAAAUUCCUUCGAGGAUUUACCACGUCUGUUACGACCGUUGUAGUUAUAUUAAUACAGUCACAAAUUCAUAAUAAACCUUUUAUAAUGUUAAAAAAAUUGUAAAUAAUAUAAUA